UGAUAUAUAUAUAUAGACGUAAGGGCAUUGGUUUUGCCCAGCCUCGUCUCCUUCACAAACUCUGAAGAAAGAGCCGCACCUUCUAAUCACUUUCUUCUCUUUCUCUUCGCUCCGAUUCUUCUAGCCUUGCGUUCCCUUCAACAACUUCUGCAGGAAUCCUGCAAGUUCUGCUGUAGCAGAUUUCAAGGUGAAGGUGUCACGUUGAAGUUUCUUUCAUGUUUGAACGGGCUAUUAUCCAUUUGGGAGCAAUUGAGUUGCUUGGAGAGUGUUUUUCGUCUUCUAGAAAAAAGAACAGGCUGGUGCUGAGGAGGCUCGGCUGUAUGCAUCGUGCACCUUACCAGGAACACUCUGAGCUUUGUAGUUGCUGUCCCACGAUUUCUCAAGGAGGAUCUUUGUGAUAAUAAUCUACUGAUCAACAUCAUUAUUGCUUCUGCGCUAACUUUGAAUUUCAGUAUCAGCCACCUGUGGCGUCUAGCGUGUUUCUUUGAGACUUUCAGGAUUUGUGUCAUCAUGGCCUUACAAAACAUUGGUGCUGGUAACAGUGACGAUGCCUUCUACAGGUACAAGAUGCCAAGAAUGAUCACCAAAAUAGAGGGCAGAGGUAAUGGCAUCAAAACAAAUGUUGUCAAUAUGGUUGAUAUCGCAAAAGCCUUGGCAAGGCCAGCUUCCUACACAACAAAGUAUUUCGGAUGUGAGCUUGGAGCCCAGUCAAAGUUUGAUGAGAAAACUGGAACAUCCCAUGUUAAUGGCGCACAUGAUACUGCAAAACUUGCUGGCCUUCUUGAAAUCUUCAUCAAGAAAUAUGUCCAGUGUUAUGGUUGUGGAAAUCCUGAAACUGAUAUCUUAAUUACUAAGAGCCAAAUGAUCCAGCUGAAAUGUGCUGCUUGUGGGUUUGUGUCUGACGUUGAUAUGAGAGACAAGCUAACUACUUUCAUCAUUAAAAACCCUCCAGAAGUUAAGAAAGGAUCCAAAGACAAGAAGGCUAUGAGGAGAGCUGAGAAAGAGAGACUGAAGGAAGGUGAAAUGGCUGAUGAGGAACAGAAAAAACUGAAGAAAGAGGUUAUUAAGAAGAAAGGAACUUCCUCUUCUAAGGAUGGUGCUCCGAAAUCUACCUCUUCAAGGAAAAAGGCAAAUGGCUCCGAUGAAGACCGGGCAUCGCCUCCCCGCAGUCAAAUUGAUGAGAAGAAUGAGGCUCAUGACAAGGAAGAUGUGGAUGACGACAUAGAAUGGCAAACCGAUACAUCACUGGAGGCUGCUCGUCAACGAAUCCAGGAACAGCUGAGUGCUGUGACAGCUGAUAUGGUCAUGCUCUCCACAGAUGAACCAGAGAAGGAGGAGAAAACCAGAACUAAGGUAAGUGAUAAUUCUGAGAAUGGUAACUUUUUGGCGUAUAGGACACUGGUUGCAGAAGUGAAAGCAAAUUUGAAUAAAGGUGUCGAGGCAAAAGAGUUGGUGUCCCAUCUAGCAGCGCUUCCGGCAUCUGCUCAGGAGAAGAUGAGUGCUCUGUAUGAAGCCCUGUUUGAGGGCAUCGAGAAAGGGUUUGCAAAAGAAGCAAUUAAGAAGAAGAACUACCUUGCUGCUGCAGUUGCCGAGGAGGAGGGUUUGCAGUUGUUACUGUUGUGUGCAAUUGAGGAAUUUUCUUGUAAGUCUACUUCCAAUGCGUUGAAGGAAGUUGCCCUGGUUCUGAAGGCACUCUACGACGCUGAUGUGUUGGAGGAAGAGCACAUGGUGCAGUGGUAUCAAAAGGGACUGAAAGGCGAUAAUAAGAACUCUCAGAUAUGGAAGAAUGCUCAGCCGUUCAUUGAAUGGCUUCAGAAUGCAGAAUCAGAAUCGGAUGAAGAAUAAGAAUGUGUGUGGAGUUUGUUACUUCUGUUGCUUUGCGUCUUUUAUUUUGAAUAAAGGGUCUGGUGUGCCCUUUAGGUUAUUGCUCGUUGUUUUAAAACUAGACAAUAUGAUGUUUGCUUUUGUUUCGAAACUCUUUGUUAAAUUACGAUGAUGAGACUCUUUUUUA